CCGUGUCUCUGUCCAACAUCUAAAUGUGCAGCGGAGUUUGAAUAAAGCUUCUUUCUGCUCUCCUACCCAGGCAGGAGUGAGAGGCCCGUGGAGUCGCUGGCACUGGGAGCUUUGGAGCAUUAACGGUAACGAUGACCCCCUUGCUUCUGCUGUGUGUGUCCCUGCCCCUCAUCCAGGCAACAAUAGCAUUUGACAAUCAUGAUGACAUGGACGGCACAUUGCGUGUCAGCAUCCCGAUGGAGGUGCCUCUCCGUCCUCUGAUGGGAGCGAAGGUAGUGGUACCGUGCUACUUCCAGGACAACACCGUCAGUGACCCUGGAGCCCCAACCAUUGCCCCACUCUCCCACCGCAUCAAGUGGUCCUAUAUCACCAAGGAGAAAGUUACCACCAUUCUGGUGGCAUCAGAGGGAAAGGUUCAGGUGGAGACAGAGUAUUUGGACAGAGUGACGAUGGUCAACUAUCCCCUGGUGCCCACUGAUGCCUCUCUGGAGAUAACAGAGCUGAGGUCCAAAGACUCUGGCACUUACCGCUGCGAGGUGAUGCACGGUAUCGAGGAUAACUACGACUCUGUGGACAUCCUGGUUCAGGGUAUUGUGUUCCACUACCGAGCCAUCACCACCCGCUAUACCCUGACAUUUGAGAAGGCCAAGGCAGCCUGUAUCCAAAACGGUGCCACCAUCGCCACUCCAGCCCAGCUCUUGGCUGCUUACGAUGAUGGAUACCACCAGUGUGAUGCUGGAUGGCUCUCUGAUCAAACUGUUAGAUACCCAAUCCAUGAGCCCCGCGAACGUUGCUUUGGAGACAAGGAGAACUUCCCUGGUGUGAGAACCUAUGGAGUGAGAGAUGUCAACGAGACCUAUGACGUGUAUUGUUUUGCCGAGAAGAUAUCAGGCAGAGUCUUCUACUCAAUGUCUGUGGAGAAGUUUACUUUCUACGAAGCAGGAGAUCAGUGUGCCAAACUUGGUGCUCGGCUCGCUACCACUGGAGAACUGUACCUGGCUUGGAAAGCUGGCAUGGAUGUGUGUAACGCUGGCUGGCUGGCCGACAGGAGUGUGCGCUACCCAAUUAACAUCGCCAGGCCUCAGUGUGGAGGGGGGCUUCUGGGUGUGAGAACUGUCUACCUUUUCCCAAACCAGACUGGAUACCCCUACCCAGACUCUCGUUAUGAUGCCAUCUGCUUCCAAGAUGGUCUGGGUGAAGAUGUCAUAAGGACCACGCCUUUUCCAGACAUCAUCCGAAUGACACCCGCCCCUGGGGUGUACCCAGGCCUGUCUCCCUCACCUGGGGGUGAAGAGAUCAGGGGCGCAGGAGUGGACACACUCUCCCCACUGCCCAUCCCCCCCAGUGUGAUAGACACAUACACCAAAGUGACUCCUGUUGUGCGUGUGCCUGGACUUGAGCUGACAGGCCUAGAUGCUGCCAUGGCUCCCACAGGUGUGGUGUUCCACUAUCGACCCAUCACUGGUCGGUACACUUUGACCUUUUUGGAGGCUCACCAGGCUUGCAAGAGUAUUGGUGCGGUCAUUGCCAGUCCUCUGCAGCUGCAGGCAGCAUUUGAGAAAGGCCUUCACCAAUGUGAUGCAGGCUGGCUCCGUGAUCAGACUGUCAGGUAUCCAAUUGUGUCACCCAGAGAUAACUGUGCAGGUAAUCUGCCACAUCUUCCAGGAGUAAGGUCCUAUGGCCUGAGGCCAGCCAACGAAAAUUAUGAUGUAUUUUGUUACGUGGAACGUUUGCAAGGGGAGGUCUUCUUCACCAGUGACUAUGACAGCUUCUCCUAUGAUGAGGCCGUCCAGCACUGUCAGAAACUGAACACCAGUCUGGCCACCACCGGGCAGCUGUACGCCGCCUGGAACCAAGGACUUGACAAGUGCCGUCCCGGCUGGCUGAUGGACCGCAGUGUCCGUUACCCCAUCACAACCCCCAGGUCCCACUGUGGAGGCGGAAAUGUGGGGGUUCAGAUCAUCUACGCCUACCCCAACCAGACAGGAUUCCCUGAUGAGCACUCGCGUUAUGACGCAUACUGUUUCAAAGCUGAAUUCCCGGUUGUUCACGGUGAAAUUGAAACCAGUGUGAAUCUGACAAUAGUGACAGUGGAUAUUAUCAAUCAGACAACAGCUACAAUUGAUCACCUUGCACCAACUGGUGAAACUACUGUAGUCUACAAUGAAACGGAAUACAGUGUAAAUAUUACUGAAAUAGAGGAAUUUAUCAACCAGACAACCAUCAUAACUCACCAAGGUGUUCCUCCUGUGAUGGCCACGGUAUAUCCAGUCGUUGUUGAUGUGUCAGGCUCAGGUUCCGCUGACCACUCAGCCAGCGGUGAGACUUCAGGGGAAUCUAGCAUCUCCAGUGCCAGUGGUGACGCCUCUGGUUCAGGACGAGACAUCACCUACAGCGGACACACUGACGUCUUCUCUGGAGACCAGUCAGCCUCUGGAGAUCCCCAAGAGGCAGGAAGGGGAAGCGCAGACACCUUCUCGUCUGGUGACCUGGGUAGUGCGUCUGCAUCUGGAGAGUUGAUUGAUGGACAACAAUCUGGUUCUGGGGCAUCAGGAUCAGGUUUUACCAGUGGCAGUGGGGACAUCAGUGGCAGUGGAGGCAUCAGUGGCAGUGGAGGAGACUUGAUGAUCAUCAUGGUUGAUGGCAAGAUGGUGGAGGUUUCAAAAACGCACAGACCCGAUGAACAGUUGUUAGGCAAGGAGGGCAUCAUGAUAAUCGAAUCAAGUGCAUCCGGAUCAGGAAGUGUCUCUGGGUCGGGCUCUGGUGGAUUUUCUGGCAUCUCAUUUCUUGACCACAGUGCCAUUGACUUGACAGUUCAGCCAUCAGGUGAGCAGGAGGUUUCUGGAUAUCGUCCUUUUGGAUCAGGGUUCCACAGUGGCUUUCCAAGUGGCUUUCCUUCCGGUGUUUCAGCCAGCGGCUCUGCCUCUGGAGAUGCUUUCCAGCACAGUGAUGAUGUCAUUUAUGUAACAGAUGAUGAGAUGAUUGAAGUGACCGUAUCUCCACUGGAGCGCCAACCUCAGCAGGGCCGGGGGGUGGUGGAGGUUAGCGGGUCGGGAAGUGGGUCAGGGAUGCACCAUGAAUUGAGCGGCACUUUGGAGCAAAGCUUGCAUUUCUCAGGAAGCGGUGUCCCUCAUGAGAAACCAACGACUGAGCAGAUUUCUGGCAUCCUGCCGCCUGACUCUACGAUGACUUACUCAGAGAACAUUGCUAGUCUUGCUCAAUCUGGACUUGGGGAGGACGAACGAGAAGGCCGCACACUUUAUGUUGUGACUCCAGACGCAGCCUACACCACCCCGACCACAGCACCAUCAGUGUCAUUAGCAACCCCUGCUGUAGUGGAGGAGCCUGAUGUUGUUGAAAAUCCUUGUGAUCCAAACCCCUGUGGCUCAGGAACCUGUUCUGUGCAGGGAGAGAUCGCUGUGUGUCAGUGUCCCAACGGCUUCACUGGUGAAGACUGCUCAACACCGGUGCAGGGAUGUGCUGAAGGCUGGUUGGAGUUCCGUGGCAGCUGUUACCUGCACUUUGCAGAGAGAUAUACCUGGACUGAGGCCGAGCAGCGCUGCCAGGUGCUCAAUGCUAACUUGGUCAGCAUCAAUUCCCAGGAAGAGCAGGAGUUUGUCAACUCAAAUGGUCAGGACUACCAGUGGAUCGGGCUUAAUGACAAAGAUGUGCAGAAUGAGUUCCGCUGGACAGACAGAAGUCCUCUGACCUUCGUGAACUGGAGGCCAAACCAGCCAGAUAACUACUUCAACUCUGAGGAGAAUUGUGUUGUGAUGAUCUGGCAUGAGGGCGGACAGUGGAAUGACGUGCCCUGCAACUACCACCUUCCCUUCACCUGCAAGACUGGACCAGUAAUGUGUGGAGCUCCCCCUGACGUGGAACAUGGCCGGCCAAUGGGCAGCAGCAGAGACCGCUACCCUGUCAACUCUAUAGUCCGCUACCACUGUGAUGCAGGCUAUACACAGCGCCACCUGCCUGUCAUCCGCUGUAUGCCAGAUGGACAGUGGGGGGAACCACAAGUGGAAUGUACAGAUGCCGGCGCCAACAGUAACAGGCUACACAAAAGAUCCCUCAGAAGAAGAAGUAAAGCGGUCAGCAGCCGACAGGAAAAGAGGAAGCUGCUCUGAGCAGGACUGAAAGGACAUACAACAGAGAGCCACAAAGGACCCCUUUUGCAAAGAAGCAUGGACACCAAUGCAAAUGCCCGACCAAAAAGAUAACAUUCUCCUCUUAUGUAUAUACACACACUUAAGCACAUUUAGACACUGGUAGUGUAAUUGACAGGUGUUUUGGAUGUUUGAGUGUCACUCUGCACCUUCUGAAGGCAGUUUCUUCUUCGUAUUUAUAGCAUCUAAUUUAUAGCUUUGAUCCAGUAUUCUCAAGCAUCAUUAAUGCACAAGUAGACAUUUUUCUGCAAUCCCUUACCAGCCCUGCACACGAGGUGAGGUUGAUUAAACACUGUCAAACAGUGAAACAAGAGUGACACACACAAGGUCUAAAACAGUCCAACAAAAGUGUUUUCAAUUGCAGCUGGAUUCUCUGACACAUUGUUACAUAGACUUUAGCAAUUCUUAGGGUAUUUUUCUAGAUCUGUGUUUGUUAGCAUAUCUUCCUUUUUCUUUUAUCGGGUCGUAGAACUACAACUGCUAGACUGGUGGGAAUUAAAAUAACUUAAAGUAAAGUAUCUUACAUUGCAGGUCCAGACAAUGAUUCUCAAACUUUUUGGUUGUGAUUCCUGAAAUGACAGCGAUGAGUUUUGCUUAACUUGAUUCAUCACGAGUCUCUGAUCCUCACAGCAACUCAAGAUUGUAUAAAAGCACAGUCACAGCAGAUGAGAAGUGCAUUCAAAAUAUAUUGGUGUGGUAGAAAUAGAUUUUUUUUAAACCAUUAAAGUAUCUUUCAGGAGAAACAUUUUGUUUUUGUCACAACCUCAUGUUUGAGAACCGCUGUGAUAUGACGCACUGUCACGAUUGUGCUGUUCCAUUUUAUGAUGAAUAAAAAGUUCAAAACGUGAUUAAAGUCACUGCAACAAACCUGGAGUGAAACAGUCAGAACUCAUGCACUUUUGGGAUUCUUCAGUCACUUCUGUGCUAAUCAUUUGAAUCCAGUGCAGCUUAAAUAGUAAUCAAAAUUAUAAAUAAAAAAAUCACCUGUAGCUGACACACGGCAAGGAAACUAUACUAAGUUAACAAGUGAGAUUUAUAGUAGGACACUGAACUGGUGCAAAACUCCACCUCAUUAGGUCGUUUCAAGUUGCAAAUCAUUUCAUUUUUACAUUCACAACUCAAGAGCAAUCCAUCAUCUAUGUCAGCACUGUCUCAUAUUUUUAUUAGAUUAAGGGUUUGCAGAAUAAUGAGUAUCCAUCCGUCCAUUUUCUGUAGCGCUUAUCCACUGAGGGUCACGGAGGGGAGCUGGAGCCAAUCGCAGCUCACAUUAGGUGAGGGGUGGGGUGCACUCAGGACAGGUCGUCAGUGAAUCACAGAGCUUGAAUGAUGAGCUCCUCACUGUAAAUAUUCUCACAACUUUCUGAACAGCAGGAUCUGUUGAUAACUUGCACAGAGCAAACAGUUUAAUUCAUGAAUUCAUCAUUGUUGAUUUGUUAGUUUAAAUAAAUAUCAAAUGGACAUGACUGAUUUAACAGCCGACUGCACAUGUGACAACACAUCUGGAUUUUAUAUUUAAGCCUUAUACGUCUUUGUGGAGGUUUCUGGUUGUGUUUAAUGUGACUGAUCGAAUGAAAAGUACUUGACAAAUGACAUUUUAGGGAAAAGGAGCUGUGAAAGCAGUGGCGUGUGUUUAAAAUGAUGACAAAGGAGAUGGAGAAGGGGCUAAGAAGAGGGAGAGGAGGUUAUAAAUGUUGACCAUGACCUUUUAAAGGUCAAGAUUAGCUUCAACUUGGAGAGCAGACACUUGUGUCCAUGUCUGACUUCUCACAGACCAACUCAGAAACACUGAAACAGCAAUUCACACUCAUAAUUCAGUGAACGUACAACCAAAUGUUGACUUAAAUCAGUGAAUUUGAUCAUUUGCCACAAAGUAAAAGUGUAUUGUUGCUCAAAUAUUUGUAAACGUUUUUGGUUUGUGCAAAUUUCAGCAUGAAGUCAACAUGUGCUGUAACGGUGAAGGUAUUUCGAAAUUAAAACUGUUUGAUUAUGGGAUCUCCUGAUUCAACAAACUAAAAUGCUUUUUGACAGAAAACCUAAAACGUGUGUAAUGUUGAUGUCACCUCUGUUGUGAUUUUGUGCUGAUCCCGAAUCCUGAUGUGAACAUACAGUAUACAUGUACUGUGCUGGGCCAAAUAAAACUUGGAAUCAUC